AUGGUUGCUCUCAUGUUUCCUCAGAUGGACCCCGGCUUUGGGGCCAUUGUCGGGAUGGGGGGCUCGUGUUUUGUGUCUCUGGUGGACGACGCGACGGUCCACAAGAGCUACGAGAUUUGGGUCAACGGCAGACGACGAUCCUACUACCCCGAACCCUGCGAAGAUGAUCUUGCGCGCGAAGCUGCAGUGUAUGCGCACCUCGGCCGCCACGACAACAUUCUCGUCUGCCACGGCCUCGACGAGAUCCACCGCGAUCCAGCCGUGCACGCGCUGCGCCUCGAACUGGCGCCGCUUGGCACCGUGCGCACUCUCAUCCAAAAGACACUCGACGACCCGCUGCCGGCGGCCACGCGCCUCCAAAUGUGUCGCGACACCGCUGCCGCCGUGGCGCACAUCCACCGCAAGGGCGUGUGGCACUCGGACCUGAGCUGCCGCAACCUCAUGCUCUUUGCCGGGCACCGCGUGAAGCUGGGCGACUUUGGCGGCGCUAUCAUCGAGGCGGCGACGCACCAGUUCCCGGCCACCGCCGCCGAAGAGGAGCAGUACGCGCUGCCGUGCCGGGGACGGGAGGCAGACGAUCUGCCACGACUGAAGCGCGAGCUCUUUGCGCUGGGGUCCUGUCUGUACGAGAUCAUGGCGUGGCAGCGGCCGUUCCAGGGGCUGGAGGACCACGAGGUGCGACGCCGCUACGAGGCCGGCGACUUUCCCCCGCUCGCGAGCUUGCCUGCCGCGGUGGGCGACGUGGUGGACAGGUGCUGGCACGAAGCGCUUGGCAGCGCCGAGGAGGCGGUGCAUCGCCUGCGAGAAUAG